AUGCAAAAUGACACGUUUGAAAGAGUUGAAAAAGCCCUUAGCGGGUUCUAUGGGGAGAACUGUAAGAAGGACUUCAAAUGCAAAGAUUACAAAGAUUACAAUUCUGCACUGUGUUACUUACUGGAAUGUCUGGAUGGGAAGGAACCUGAGUGUGUCUCUAAUGUCACAUACAGUCUAGCUGAGGUGGAGUUGGUCAGUUUGCAAGGCUUCAAGUGUCUGGUUAAAGAUGCAUUCAAUCACAAAUAUAAUCCAUUACAAGAAGUCAGAGAACAAGAUAAAGAAUGUGAUGCUGUUUUUGUUGAUGCAGUGAGAUGCCAAAAAGCAACUACACUUGAUACAAAAACUACAACAAUAUGUACAACCAAGUUACCCACCAUAAAUUACAAAACAUCAUCGAUCCCACCUAAAACGUCAUCAUCAACAGCAAAAACAACAACACCACCACCACCACCAUCAUCAUUAUCGUCAACAAUAUCAAACAGCGGCAACAUGGAGUCACAAGAGCAGCGACUACAAAGGGAGGUCAUAUCAGUCAGUACAUUGUUAGCUAUCUCUCUGAUAGCUAAUAUCAUCCUUCUCUUGGGUGUUGUCUACUUGUGGACCCGGGGGAGACGCCAGCAUGAAGGCCUGUCUCCUGCAAUGCCUGAACUGGCAGUUUUGAACACCGUAGAGGUACAUCAUCUGAUUUCUCCGAAUGCUACGGCUUGAUGACUGAUGAUUUAGGGCACUAUUCACUCGAACCCAAGAGUGUUUGGAUUUGCAGUCGCUCUCUCAGAAUGGCAACAGAGAUGCUUUGCAGCACUGACCCCAUUCAGAGGAAUAAUCCAUCGCUCUUCCAUCUGCCGCCAUUUUCCCCUCGCUUUCCCAGAUGACAAUGGACAAAUAUAUAUCCUGAGCCAGAGAAAUGGAGACAACAGUCCUGUCUCUCUGUCACACACAGUUCACACUUCCAGGGCUGAGGCCAGAACUCUUCUUCUCCUGCCACUUUCAUUCUGGAGAUACUGUUGCAGACUUCACAACAAAAGCAUUUUUGGACUUCAGAAUAAAAUAAUUUGGACGUCAUAAAAGCCUAUGGACUUCAUAAUAAAAGCUCCCCUCCUUGUGUUUUAAUGAGAAGAAUGGGAGAACUAAUAAAUGUCAGUCUGUCAAGAGUCUCUAAAAACAAGACUUGGAUUAAGGGAACACGGUGGUCUUGAAUGACCACCCCCUGCCUUCAGCUGUCUGAUCAGGCCAAAGAUAAUAUAUUAAUGUGAAUGGGAAGAAAACAGCGCGAUGAACAACAAGAUGAACCUGUUUGGGGCUUACAUUGGAACUAAGAUGGUUAGAAAUUGAGUGUUAUUGUACUUGGCUGAUGUGGCUGUGUUACCCGAUGAAAGGGGAUUUUAUGAUGCAGAGGGACAUCAGAAAAAUAUCAAAAGGAGUUAA